AUGCGAAGUCUGAUUAAACUUUUGCGUACCACUUUGAUCGAUCUAAACAUAUUCUCAUUACGUGAUAUGGGUAGUGGUAUGGAUCGAAUAAUAGCUAAACGUCUUGGUCAAUGGGCGACCCGUCUCUACAUUGCUUUAUUCAUCGGUGGUCUUAGUAUCCUCACCAUCUAUACCGUAGUUCAACCACAAGUAGUGACAAAGACUUUCAAUAAACCAUCUUUUAGGUUUUACAAUGAUUCAAGACAAAAAUAUGGAGAUGAAUUAAAAUGUCCAUGCUCAGUGAUUGCAUCGACUUAUGAUCAGUUUAUCGAAAUUGAACCAAUAUUUCAUGCGAUUUGUAUGAGUCCAUUUGCAACAAAACAAUACCGAAAUGAUCUUAUAUCUGGUCUUAUCUCUAACUUGUCUAUUUAUGUAUCAAGAGACUAUCGUCGUUUUCUUUCUGCUCAUUUACAAGCUCUUCAAGGACUAUGUCAACUCUCUAAUACAUCAGUAUACGAUUCUAUUAACCAGUUUCGUACCUCACUAUUUGUUACUUCUCAACUUCUAUCUGAAACAAAUUUUCGUGAUCAACUUGAUUCGUUAAUCGAACAAACCAAAUCAAAUGUACCUACUACAUUCCGUCAACUUCUCUUCUUAAUUCGAAAUAUCAAUCAUGGAAAUGCUUACAUGUCAACAUAUACAACAAAUUUCGAAUAUAUUGGUGUUCCGAAUUCACGUAAAUAUACUUAUGCGUCUACUCGAGCUAUAAUUUAUGACGGGUGUUCUUGUGGAUUGUAUUUAAAUUGUACAAGUCAAGCAAAUUUUAUUAAAUCAAAUUCAUCUGAAAUAACUCCAAUUAAAGGUUUGAAAAUUGGUUGUACUCCAAGCGAAUCAUUUCGUGCUUCGACUCUUGAAUGUUUUUAUGAUCGUUCAUGUAUUGAUCUCGUUCAUAAAUAUACUAAUUAUACGAAAUCUCAUAAUCCUCUCUUGGCCAAUAGGAGUCGCUUCUCAAUAAACACUACAAUAGCUGUACUUAUCGAUAAUCUAUUCAUCGAGAAAUGGGAGACGAAGAUGAAUUAUUCAUCUUAUUUUCAUGCAUGUUCUCUAUCGUAUUGUUCAUAUACUUAUAUUCAAAAAAAAAGCAGCUUUAUCUAUAUAAUAACUGUCUUACUUGGUCUUCAAGGUGGUUUAGCAAUUGUUCUUAAAUGGAUUUGUCCUAAAAUAGUUCGAAUUGCAUUUAGAGUAAAUAAUUAUCGAAAAAAACGGAUGAAUACUAUUCAUCCUGUCAAUUCUCUUGAAAUAACACCAAAUGUUACUCUUAGCACAACCAUACAUAAUCCUGCUUCUAACUCAGAAUCGAGACCGACAUCUAUAACAUCUCGAGAGCAUUUAUCAAAUAUAUUUUUAUUAGUUUCAUCAGCCAGUGCAACAGUUGAUACUAAUUUGAACUCAACAAUAAACACAACAACAUCAACAUUGUCAAGCACAACAGCUCCACUUUGCAAGUUAGAAUUUCGAUCAAUAUCAAUAAAUAUAUCGGAUAUUGCUUACGGUGAUAUAAUGUUUGCUGUUGCUGAUUUCAACGAUGACAGUCGGCUUGAUAUUAUGGUUUUUUCUAACUAUCACGAAAGUGUGAUCAUACUGUCUGGGAAUGCUAACGGACGUUUUACAAAAGAAAAUAUUUUUCAAAAAGGAAGUUUUUUAUGGAUGACACAUAUGAAAGUUGGUGAUUUCAAUAAUGAUAAUCGAGCCGAUCUCGUAUUCACCAUUAGCGAUGCAAACUAUGUAAACAUUCUAUUUGGAAAUAGUAACGGAACUUUUAGAGUCCGGAAUAUAAUAUUAGGGACAACGAAAUGUAUACCCGAUGACAUCGUUGUAGUCGACUUCAAUCAUGACAAUUAUUCAGAUAUUGCUGUCAUUAAUACUGUUAAUUCUAAUGUCUGUGUGUUUUUUGGAAAUGCUAAUGACACUUUUUCACCGCAGCUGAUGUUUUCUACUGGAUAUCAAAGUGAGCCUGAAUCAUUGACUGUUAGUGACUUUAAUAGCGAUGGACACGUAGAUAUUGCUGUCACCAAUAGUAGAGCUGUAAAUGUUGGUAUAUUUCUUGGGUGCGGUAAUGGAACUUUUGAAGUACAGAAGCGAUCUUAUACUUUCCUGGGUUCUGAUCCACACCAUAGUGUAAGCGGUGAUUUUGACGGCGAUGCUCAACCAGACGUCGUUGUCUCUGAUGAACGCAUAAACAUAGUCACUGUGUUGUCUAAAUAUAGAAAUGGAUUUUUCACCGUCAAGAAUAACUUUGUCAUGAAAUCUAAUCGCAUACCAUCUACAGUUGUUGUAGGUGAUUUUAAUUGUGAUGAUCAUUUAGACAUUGCUGCUGCGGGUAGGCCAUAUGGUAUAGAUGUGCUACUUGGAUAUGGGGACGGCUAUUUUGAGACGCAAAACAUAUUAUCGGAUAAGAUGGUCCGUUAUGGAUCUGAUAUUGGUGUUUAUGAUUUUAAUGAUGAUACUUAUCAAGACAUAAUCAUUACAAAUUCUGACUCUCGUGCUAUAGAUAUUCUUUUAAAUAUCUGCGAAUGUGAUGCACGUGGAAUUUCUAAAAGAAAAAUGUCCAACCUCUCAUAA